GUUCACACAGACAUGACUCUUUCAUUUCUUACCAGACUCAGAACGGUCCUAUGCGCUCAAAUUCAGCGCAGAACGGUCCAGCCAAUUUGGCUUAUGGAAUGUAUCCUUUGCCAGCCAUGAACCCUGGUGGAGUCUCGUCAAAUGGACCAACAAUACCUUCUGUUGUAAUGUUGUAUCCUUAUGAUCAUAAUGCUAGCUACAGCUCACCAGAACAACUCGAGUUUGGGUCUUUGGGAUCCAUGGGUUUCUCAGGCGUCAAUGAAUUAUCACAGCUGAAUGAGGGGAGUCGAUCUGGUAGAGAGCAUAUGAGGAACAAAGGUUUCAUAGUAGUUCUGCUCAACGAUCACCAGAUCAACCCUCUUCACCCAGCCUCCCAAGGUGAUUUACUAGGAGUAAUCAUCAGUUUAGGAGGAUUUUCCACGUCUUGCAUGUAUCAGGACAGGUAAGGGCUCUCAGUGGGGAAAACUAUGACGGAAAAAUGCAACUCCCUUCUGGAGAUUGUUGUCUACACCCACUCAGAAUUUUGCCAUGCGAUCAUCAGUUGAUCCUUCUUCUAGAGGGCCCCUUUCUUUGAUGCCCUGGCUUUUGCUUGUGCAACUACAACUGAGAAACCCACGUCACUUAACAUUCUUCGGUAAGGAUGAAGACGGUGGUGGGACAAAGAGGAUACUGUGUUUUUAGUUUCUGGCCGAAGCUUUAGACACAAUUUGUAAUUUAAUCACAUUAGAAUAUGAUUUAGGUUCAGAAUUUAGAAAUUUUACCAUUACAGAUUUCCCUUUUACACAAUGUUGUAGGAUUUUUGUUUAAGAACAU